UAGUUGUUACUUUGUGUUGGUUGAACCUUGCUCUCCCGUAUCUUGAUCUAGCAUUUUUUUUUUUUAUCAAGUUCUUCCUCGGUGUAGUGUAUUAAAAUAUUUGAUGUGUUAUGCUGCGUGCACGGUAUGAGUUGUCGAGUGGUGAUUGUUAUUCUGCUCAUGCAGAUCAAGGCCAGUGCGUUGCUCACUGUCGAAAGGAGGUUGGAAUCCACUUGGAUUGAAACGGGAUUAGAGGGUGAUCCGCUUAUUAUAGAGAAAGGUGUGAAGUCCUUACUGACUGCAUUUGUUAGUCCUCCCGCUGCUGAAGGGGAACACAGAAGAUAUUACUGGUACUUUGAAGGGGGUUAUUCGAACCUUACCAUUACGCCAAACAUCCAUUACAUUUAUAAGGACGUCGGGCCCAGGGACAUCCACUUGAGGGCCGAGAAUCAAGUCUCCUCCGUCAGUUCUCCCGUCCUGAGGAUCCUCGUCGUUGAGAAAUUGGGCAGCGCCCGGAUCGCCCCCCACGAUGACGUGCAUCGAGGGGAGUAUUACACCUUCAGGAUUAUCCUUGACCGUGGCAGUAACGUGACUUACAUGUGGGAUUUCGGUGACGGGACUAAGACCAGGUUUUCCAUGAAACCUCACACGAUCCACAGGUACAAGGACGCUGGAGUUCACCUCCUGAAGGUGACUUUAACCACUCCCUUAAAUGACUCCGUCGUCGCCACUUCCGAAGUCUUUGUUUUAGAAGAGGAUGGGUUCUGCAAGACGCCGGCUGUUUUGAAGUUUCAUCCAGAUCUUGCCGUUCGGAGAGAGGUCAGUCAAAAUAUUGCCUGUUAA